AUGCCACGCGAUUCCACUCCAUACAACCGGAAAGCUGUGCGGACCUCAGCAAGGCUAGGUGGACCUCAACAGCAGAUCGAACCUGCGGCACCUGAUAUUAAUCUUGGGGAAAAUGCUGUUAGAUCAAUCUUGAAACAAUGUGAAACUCAAAUUCAGCAAAAAUUUGAUCCAAUUGCAGCCAAAUUGGAGGAAUUACAACUUGUUCAAACUAAAAGACAUGCCGAUCAUACUCAGGUGAUGGGCGUUAAGGAAAAGGAAAAUUCGGAGAUUAAUCAAACAGCACAAGGUGACCUUUGCGUCUUACAGUCUAAUUUUGACAAGUUGGCAAGGGAGGUAGGAGGUCGAAUGGAAAAAUUAUCAGUACAAAUGAGAAACCAAUACGCAAACGAUAUUUCAACUAGACUGGCUGCGUUCAAGACCGGGAUUGAAGCCGAACUGGAUUCCACUGUCCACCAAGCAAUACUCCACUCCCAGCAUUUAUUCCGACAGGAAAUCGAGCAAGCCGUUGCAAUCAAAGACUAUGCAACUACCAGUAGCCUUCAAAAUCAAGCACAACUCUUCUCUGAAUCUUUCGAGGCCCUAAAAAUCUUAUCCCAGUCCAACCAGGCUGAAAUUGCGCGUGUCUCAUCAGUAUCUGAAGCUGGAUGUUCCACACUACAAGAAAGCCUUAGUAUACUAGAAAGAAAGAUUCAGAAUGAUCUCUCCAAUAACCAAAGGGUUGUUGAGGAAAAGCUGCUUAGUAUUGAGGCAAAAAACUCUAGUGAAACCAGAUUGGAGCAAGAGAAUCGGCCGACGACUACAGAAGAUGAAGCAAAAACUACCACUACCCGCCAAAAAAUCGAACAGAUAGAAAAAACAAUUGGAGACCAGUAUUCGAUGUUCCAAUGCUCAAUUGUAUCAGCACAUGAAGAGCUUAAAGCCAAGUAUGAAGAAAUAUUGACAAAGCUUAAUUUUCGAGACAGUGCUACAGAAUCCAACCUUCAAGAUAUCAAAGGGAAACUUCACGAUGCAUUGAAACGAAUUUCUGACCUUGAGGAAAAGGCUUUGUUCAGGCCGGCUGACCAGUUUUUACAGACAAAAGGCACCGGCACUACGGUGAUGGAAAAUGAGAAUGUGGCUACUAUUCAUGAUCUCGAAGCAAUCAUACCACUUUCACCUGGAAUAUUGGUUACGGUGGAUAAACCCCAGAACACAGAGACUUGCGAGGGACAAGAACUAGAUAUCGAGAUGAUUGAGGGUAAGGCCACAAGCGACUUCCAGCUCUCCGUUGUCUUCUCAUUGGGGACCGCAAAACAAUGCACAACCCUCAACAAGAAGGCAUAA